GUUAAAAAAAAAUCUUAUUAAUGGUGCCUUAUGGAACAUUUACCAGAUGAAUUACUAAUUUUAAUAUUUAAAUAUGCCAUUAAAGAUGUCAAUAACUUGGUAUCACUUCAAAGAGUAUGCAAAAAGUUUCACAGGUAGCAACUAAAGGUGUAAAAUGAUAGUGUAAUAUAUUUCUCAUUUAUUGUUUAGAAUCUCAAAUAACCCAUUUUUAUGGUAUUACUUAUUUAAAGUCAAAUAUCCUUCAUGGUCCCGAAAUAUUCUUAUGAAAAAUUCUUUGAUUGACUGGAAAGCAUUCAUGGUAUCGCUAACAAAACAGCAUAAUCAUGUUACCCGUCGAUUCAACUUAACAUGUCCUUUUUCUGAUAAAAUUGGAGAGACGUUUGUUUUUAAUGUUGAUCCUGAAACAAAUGAAGGCUUGGUGGCAAUGAUAAAAGAUAAUUUAGACCAUAUUGGGCAAUAUACGGUCGCAUUUCUUAAAUAUCCCUCAUAUACGACAAUAGCUGAAUUUAAGCUUUCAUUUUCUAUACCACCUUCCUGGACAUGCCAAAUUGCAGGACUUCAAACGGUAAAACAACAACAAGGCGAAAGGACACAUUUAUUUUCUAUUGUUCUAGGCGAAAAUAUGCCGUUAAUAGAUGAUGAUCAAGUAUUUAUAUGGAAAGUGAUAUUUAUUUAUCGUUUAUUAGACAACAAUCGUAUUGUUUGUCUAGGCCAUGUCAAUAUAGAGAAGAUAUUUCUAGGAAGACAAGUUUUCUUUUUUAACGCUGAAACCAUGUCGCUAUCAUGGUUGAAUAUAGUAGCACCUAAGCAUACAGUAAAGUAUACAACAUGCUAUAUGAUAGCCUUUGGGCCCACUUUACCACGAUAUGCAAGUUAUGGACAAAUUAUUCAAUUUGAUCUAUCUGCCUCAGAUGAUGAACUAGAUCCAUCUCGACAUCAUUUGGAAUGGAAUGAAGAAAUAAAUGAAUUUGUUAAACCUGAUGAAUAUUCAUCUUCAAUGUCGUUAAUUUCUAUUGUUCGAUUAGGAUCUGCUACAAGAUGUUUGAUGCAUUUACGAUAUCCUUUCCAAUUGAAUCACUUGGUUUUUAUUGGAGAAACAGAUGCAAUAUCAAUUUAUGAUUGGAGAUUUGGUAUUAGAGUGGGCAUUAUUCCUGGUACCACCAGUCAUUCAUUUUCUUGGGGGUUGGAGAUAGCUUGGGCCAUUAGCCCCCCAUUUUCUUGUUAUGAAAGUUUGGAACGACUCAUUCCUUAUGGACUACGAUUGGUUAUUGUAGAUGAUGAUGAAUUUAGUAAAUGUUGUAUCAAGAUAUGGGAUAUAUCCAAGUUACUUUCUGUAAAGUGGAAUCCUUUUAAGCAAGAAGUCGAUAAUAAUCAGCUGCUAAUAUUAUCUAAAGAAGAUGAGUUAGACAUGCCUUAUAUAUAUCCUUGGUGGCAUCAAGGGACACAAGCACUAAAGCAAUUGGCUAUUCAAUUAUAUCAAGAACCCAAGAAAUAUGAGAUGUUAUUGCCUUAUACGUUAGAUCCUAACUUACACCUAUUGUGUGUUCAUCAGUUAGACGAGAAAAUUAUGGCUUUUAAUAUUUUAGGUACUUUAUUAUUUACUCUAAACGAGAAAGGAUGCCUUAAAGUCAUGGACAUAGAAACCUGCCAAAUAAUUAACUCAUUUAACACUGAUGGUCUUGAUAUUAAUGUGAUUGCGGACCAAGAAGUCAUUAUGAUGACUAAAAAUAGUGAAAUACUUGUAAAUAAAUUCAUUACAUAAUAAUUACUACAGCA